AUGACGAUCCCAGAAUACAACGCCCCACCCUUAGCCCGGACCUUCGUCCUAAUCCGCACCCUCUCCAUCCUGGUCCUCCUCGCAAUAGUCGGCAUAACCGCCAACUUCGUCUCCCAAAUCGUGGCCUCCAACAUCUCUCCACCUCGAGAAAUCGUCGCGACCCUCACAAUCACCAGCCUAGCAACCCUCUACACCCUCCUCACCCUCCCCCUCUUCCUCUCCCCCGCCUCCCGCUCCCUCCUCACCAUGACCGUCCUCGACGCCCUCCUGCUCCUCGCCUUCAUAGCCCUCUCCGUACUCCUCGGCAGACCUCUUUCCUUCCUCUCCUGCUACUCCAUCUCCUCCAGCCGGUCGUCCAUGGCUUCCGCGGCGGCGUUCGCCCAGGCUUUGGCGGCGGAUAAGCCGUUGGAUUUUGGAGUUUGGGCCGAGGGGAGUCGAGCGACGUGUUGGGAAGUGAAGAUUAUUUGGGGAUUGGGGAUUGCGGAGAGUGUGCUUUUUGCGGGGAGUGUGGUUUUGUUGCCGGUGCUUUGGGGGAAGCAGAGGAGGGGUGGGGGGAAGGGGAAGGGGGGUGUUUGA